AUGCAUUGGAAAGUGUUGACAUUUUUGGUAUGCCUCUUUGGCUUUUUAAAAGAAUUCAGACCAUCUGAGGCUUAUAUGUCUGCAUAUCUAACCGGACCAUGGAAAAAUCUUACAGUUGAAGAAAUCAAUAAUGAAAUAUAUCCUAUAUGGACUUAUGCGUACCUGCUAUGGCUCGUACCUGUAUUUCUUCUGACUGAUUAUGUCCGCUACCAGCCAAUGUUAGUCCUUGAAGGUGCAACAUACAUUGCAACAUGGUCAAUUCUUUUGUGGGCACAAGGUGCUCUGGCUUUUAAAUUCAUGGAAGUAUGCUAUGGUCUCAUAACAGCUACUGACAUAGCUUACUAUUCAUAUCUCUUUGCAAUGGUUUCUAAUGAACAGUACAAGAUAAUAACAAGCUUUACACGAGCUGCACUUCUUAUCGGUCGUUGUUCUGCAUAUUUGACUGGGCAGUUGCUCGUAUCUUUUAAUUUAAUGGACUAUAAACAACUUAAUAUAAUAUCAAUGGUCAGUGUUUCGCUGGCAUUCAUUUUAGCAGUAACAUUAAGAAGACCAAGCCAUUCGGAUAUAUUUCACUCUCGAAAGCACGAUGAAAACAAAGACGUAACGAACAAAGAGUUGGACAACAAUAUUGGAUUUUCAGCCAUUCAAGAAAGUCCAAAUGUUCAAAAAUCCACUUUUAAGCGAGGAAUUUUAUUCUUAUGGAAUGAACUGAAAACUGCUUACUCAGAUAAGUCUGUAAUAGCUUGGUCAGUUUGGUGGGCAUUUGCAUCAUGUGGACAUGGUCAAGUCAGGAAUUAUAUUCAGAACCUUUGGGAAGUAAUUACACCAGAAGAUCAAAAAGGAACUAUUUACAACGGAGCUGUAGAGGCAUUUGGAACCCUAAUAAGUUUCAUUGGUGUAUUAGUAUUUGGGUUUUUACCCGUGAAUUGGUCUCGCCCAGGAUUAUCAGAAACAAUAAUGGCCAUCGUAUGCGUUUUGAAUACCGCUGGCCUUAUAGUAAUGGGACAAUCAACAAAUAUAUGGGUUUCGUAUGCAUUGUACAGCGGCUUUAGAGCUACGUAUCAUGCAGUGAUAACAUUAGCAACGUUACAGAUUGCUCAAUCCCUUACCAAACAACGGUAUGGGUUUGUGUUCGGAGUGAACACGUUUAUGGCUCUGGUAGUUGAAACACUACUGACAGUCAUUGUAGUAGAUAAAGUAGGUCUUGGUGUGGACGUACAGACACAGUUUACAGUAUAUGGUGGAUAUUUUGGUGUUAUUGGUUGUUUGUUCCUAGCAGUGGCGUUCUACACAGGCUACAUGAACGGCUGUUCUUGCCGAGUUGCCGGAGAUCAAAGUUAUACCGUGUAUAAACCUAAUCCUAACCCUGCAUGACAAAUUUGAUUACUAGAUUUAAUAUCAAUUAUAAUGUUUAAUCCUAUUUUGUAAAUUCGAAAUUAAAAAAGAAACAUUGUAAAGCAAUAUAUAGAUAAAAUUUACAUCUAAUCUGUAUAUUCACAAUAGAUAAGAAUAAUAAUUACCAUAUUUUGACUGGUGGAAACACACUGCUGAUUGUUGUAUGCAAUUUCUGUUUUUCUUACCUAUUUUAUUAUUAAGUAUAACCUCUAUAGCAAAUGCGUGCCCAGAAGAUAAUCGACACUAAUUCAAAUUAAAAAAAAAGAAUGACUACAUUUUUGAUACUUGUUUCGAUUGAAUAUGGAAGUGGUUUAAUAUCAAUUAUCAUUUAUUGUACUCAAUUAUCAUGAUGUACGUGUGUUUUAAGAUUUCCAGUUAUAAGGUUUUUAUUUUUAACAAUAUAUUUGAGCAUUUAUAUUUUUCAUUUGUUGGAGUCCGAGUUGCCGUAACUUUUCUCAACAUGACAUUGUCUUUUAAACCCAAAUACAUUUCUGCUUUUUUAUUUUCUGUUUCAUUUUUAAGUUUUUCUUAUGUAUUACUUUUACUUGUACGCUCUAUUACACUGUACCAUAGAUAGCUAUGUAUAUUUAUGCAGCCUUACUGCAACACACAUGAUGAUGGGACUACAAACUUGGAGAUAUCAGUCAGACAAAGAACAAUUGUAUAUUUCUUCACAGCCAAUAAAGUAGUAGUUAUGCUUCA